ACUUUUAGCAUUUCGGCCUCUCUCGUUGAAGGGCACUUGUUCAAUUCCGUGCACAAGGGUCGUGUGUUGAAGCUACUAUCCAACAUGGGCGGACACGACGCAGGAACCAGUCACCAGUUUACUGGUUUUGCCAAGUACUUCAAUGCAUACACAAUCACAGGCAGGAGGAAUUGUGUCUUGCUCACAUAUGCAAGCAUAGCCACCAUUGCCCUCUUCUUCAAGUUGAAGCCCAAGAAACAGGCGGCUGUCACGGCAAAGUGAUGUGUCCUGACUGUUCUGUAGUAUAGUGGUCGGAAGUUUGGCGGCAGCUGGAUGUGCUUGUAAGAAAUAAGGCCAUAUUAUUUGGCAUCAUCGUGUUAUUAACAUUAAAAACAAUGUAAAAUUU